AUGAGUACAUCCCGCGUCUAUCUCAACAAAUUAGCAGGAGUCACCCGCACGAAGUUUCGGUCAGACUUCCAUCAGUCGCCAUCAGCCCACGGCUGCUGGUAUUUUGAAAUUCAGCAAAACCCUCGAUUGACCCUUUUCGUCCUCGUCGAGAUUCAUAAGUGCAGUCGCGCCACCGGCCGUCAACAAUACCUCAGGUGCUGGCUGAUAAAUUCGUAUGGUCCACACAGUAGGUUCCGGUGGCCAGGGAAACUCUGCAAUCUGCACUCGCCAAUAACCAAGCCUUCAAGCGUUACUAUUUUUUUCGACGGUGAGACGCUGUUGAAGGCGGAGACCACCGCCUCCACCGCCGUUGCUGAAAAGAACGAAGAUAAAUUGGGCGGCGAUGAAACUUGGCAGAGGAGGAAGAAAGAGGAGGCGUUUUCGUUGAAGAAAAAUUGA